AUGAGAACUGAAGAUGAAAGAGAAUUUGCAAAUUGGUUGUUGCAACUCGGCGAUGGUAAAUUGUCAAAUAUGGAUGAAUUAAAUCCUGAUACAAUAGAAAUUCCUCAGGAUUUUAUAUCAGAACAAUCUCUUAUAACUGAGAUUUUUGGAGAUAGAAUCACUAUGGAACAGGUUCGACAAAAUCAAGAUCGAGCAAUUCUUUGUCCUAAGAAUGAGGAUACGUUUAAAAUUAAUGACGAAAUCCUUCGUUUAAUGGAAGGAGAUGAAAAGGAGUAUCUCUCAAUUGACUCUAUUAUGAGUGAUGAUCCACAGGAACAAUUGAAUUUUCCGACUGAGUUUUUAAACUCUCUGUCACGCUCUGGAAUGCCAGUUCAUCGACUAAAAAUAAAAAUAGGUGCAACAAUUAUUCUAUUAAGGAAUUUUAAUACGAAGAAAGGACUAUGCAAUGGCACGAGAUUCAUUGUAAUUGAUUUAAAAUCUAAUUUGAUUCAUGCGGAGGUUCUGACUGGCCCUGGAAGAGGUCAAACUAUUUCCUCCCAAGGAUUAAUUUCCUUCCAAAUGACUCGGAAAUUCCGUUUAAGCUCAAAAGGAGACAGUUUCCUAUUAGAGUGUCAUUUGCUAUGA